UACGUCGAAAUACAUGACGUCACCUAAUUCAUUCUCCACCGACCUCAAUUGAGUUGGAUUACAACAUUCUCGCCGCCGCCUCCUUCACCCUCUGCAGUUGCCACCCUUUUUAUUGCCGAGUACCUUUACCAAACAAUAAAUAUUCUAGUUCCAGCUGCGGCUUUCGCUUUCACAUUAAAUACCUUCGGAACAACACACACUUCCCAACUGUUAUAUCACUCAACGCAAAUUCAUUUGAAAGAGAGAAUUAGUCACCAUGAACGACCCACCUCCUCCCUAUCCCGGUGCACCAGGAGUUUCCUACCCUCUUCCUGAAAAGGGUGGGAUUCAACCAUCAGCCCCAGGAGCCUACUAUCCACCCGCUCCUUACCCAACGGCACCUGCUGGUGAUAUGCAACCCCCACCCCCACAACCAAUGAUCCACCCACAAGAAUAUGGACCAGCUCCCCUUGGUGGCCAAGCUUGGAUUCCUCCUCCACCUCCUCCUCAUGCCUGGGCACCCCCUCCAGGUUAUGGGCCGAUGCCAACAGCUCCAGUGCUCCCACAGACGACCGUUGUCAUCCAGCAACACCCACAGAUUUUGCAUUUUGGUGAAUCCUCCGUACAAACUCGUUGUCCCAAGUGUAAUGCUGACAUCAUGACAAGUAUUCAUUAUGAAACUGGGAACCUAAGCUGGGUCAUUUGCCUCCUCCUCAGUUUCUUUGCUUGUAUUUGUGGCUGUUGCUUAAUUCCAUUCUGCAUGGAUAGUACCAAAGACAUUGUCCACACAUGUCCAAACUGUUCUCAUUUUAUCGGCCGUUAUUCACGCCUCUGAGAUACCACCAUACAUAUAUAUAUAUAUAUAUAUAUAUAUAUAUAUAUAUAUACCAAAAGGAACAAAAGAUAAAACCUGAAAUUAUUCCAAAAACUCAAGUGGUCAGUUAAAACCGACCGAUAGGUUUAGGAUAUCCUGUGACAAAUUACUGGCACUUCUUUCUUCCUGCAGCUGUUCCCAUCCAAGUCUUCUUCCUCUUCUUCAUGCUGUCGUCUCUCCAUAUUCAAUGUCUGCCUUACAUUAUUUAUUUAGACUUUCUGUUUAUUUUUUAUUUGUAACAGUCUCUCUCUCUCUCUCUCUCAAAACAAUAGUUGGUGUGUGGUAGCAGGGAACACUUGCCCUAAAGAUCAUGCCCUACAAUUACUAAACUUGACACUAAUCCUUAGCCCUAUUAACCCAGCUGUUCCCUAUGCUCCAGCUUGGGCAACUUAGUGUUACUAACCUUUACCAUACUCAAACUAAAUUGUAUACAUAAACACAUACACACUCAUUAAUACAGUAAUUAAUCUUCAGUAGGGAGACAAAUAUUUGUUAACUCACUAAUGAAUCAUACAACUAAUGAUUGUGUUAUGCAAAUGAAGGGCUCUGAUCCAUUUUCCAGUUGCAGUUCACCUGGAAAAACCUAUGUGUGUGUUUAUGUGUGUAUAUAGAUAGAUAGAUGGAUGAUAGAGAGAUAUAGAGAGAGAGAGACUCCUAAACAGUAUAUGUAUGUGUAUGUAUGCAUUUAUGGUGUAUCAUAUAUAUAGAUAACAACAUUCCUUUGUAUCGCAUGAAACUAUAUUUCUAAAUUUAGCUCCUGUAGAUGUAGGGUUUUGAUUGUGCUCGUUCAUUUACUCUUCUAAUUAGGUAUAAUUUAAUGUACAUCUCCAUGCAUAAAUACAUGUGUAUGUGGUGUGUGUAUAUAUAUAUAUAUAUAUAUAUAUAUAUAUAUAUAAUUUAAUGUACACAGUAUAAAGAUAAGGGUUACUAAUAGUUUCUUGCUGUGAAGACAUGUUUCCAGGCAGGUUUGAGACACAUACCUUGUGUCUCUGAGCAACCUUCAACAAACUAUUAGCAGCUCCUAUCUUUAUACUGUGAACUCAUUAAAUGACAUCUCUCACAGAAUGGAAUACAUUUUUUGGUUGAUCUUACCAUAACAGAACAGUAAACUAUACAUACACACACAUAUAUAUAUUUUAUUUUUUAAGAUCUUUUCUUAGUUGUAGUGCACCUGAGCAUUGUAUACAACAAUUUCCUUCAUUAUACCAUAUAUAUAUAUAUAUAUUUACACACACACACACACACACCCAUGCCAGCAUGAAAAACGGACGUUAAACGAUGAUGAUGAUGAUGAUAGUGUUAGGCAAAGAGAUGUAAUUCAUGUUAGCAUGAGUUAGAAAUGGUCUUUUCUCUUGCGGCUAAUUUUGCCGCUUGUUGCAAUCCUUUGUCAUUUCCUUCAGGAAUUUUGCAGAAAUGCAGGAUAUAAAAACCAGAUCCUGGAGUGACACAAGACAUGCUGACUAAUACAGCAUUUGUACUUCUUCCUAAAGUACACCAACAUAACAUAGCUUUUGUUUGCAUGUCUUUGAUGAUUCCUGCCAACAGGGACCACCACCACUAGUUUGGCAGUUCCUGGAAUUUGGCUUGCCUGGUUAUAUUCUUGUGUGCCAGUGGAUGCAUGUAGUUUAGUAGUUGUAUCUACCUCCAUGGAAAAGGAAGGUUUGAGUGGUGCAGGGGGUAGGCAAGUUCACUGGAGCAUGAAAGAAGAGUGGCAUAUGGACAGAGGGGAAUGGCAAAUACAGGGGGGAGACCUGAUCAGUUGUGAAUAUCAACUUCUGGUGAAAGGUAGUGGAAAUAGGAGUGAGGUGGGGAGGGGGUGACAGGUUGCAGUGCAGAUUAUUGGAAGUGUGUAGGUGUGGGGUGCAAGAGAGAGAUGCACUGUGCUAGGGUCAGGAGUACAGAGGGGUGGAAACAGGAGGGGACUACCUUUGGCAAAAUGAGAUGGUAUACAUGGCUGGGGAUGAAAUGUGCCGUUCCAUUGUCAUAUAAUUACAGCAGAUGAGAGAAUAAUAGUGCCGUAGUCAGAAGAAUGAUGGAGGGGUGAGUGUUUGGAAGGAAGGAGAAUUGUCAGAGACAGAUUGGGUGUAGGUGCAUAAACAAAUGAAAUGCUUGUGUGGGUACAUAUAUGCAUGCAUGUAUGUAUAUAUAUAUAUAUAUAUACAUACACACACAUACAUAUACACAUGCACACAUGCCAGUGUCCAAUGCAUCUCAGCAUCAUAAAGUGGACAUUAAAAUGAAGAUAAUUGUCAUUUAGCGUCCACUUUUCCAUGUUCGCAUGAGUUGGAUGGAAUUUGUUGAGGCAGAUUUUCUGCUGUUGGAUACUCUUCCUGUUGCUAACCCUUUAUCCAUUUCCAAGUAGAGUAAUAGUCUUCAUGUUUUCAUAUUAGAUUGGAAAAGGACACCACUUGCGUGAGGGUGACAUUCGUUUAUACCAUCAUGUGAUAUCUAGACAAUGAGGCAGUAACACACACGCUCACACACACAUACACACACAUAUAAUAGCCUUCUGUCAGUUUCUGCCUACCAGACCCACUCACAAGGUUUUGGCCAGCCCAAGGCUGUUGUAGAAGACACUUGCCCAAGGUGCCAUGCCAUGGGACUGAACUCGAGACCAUGUGGUUGGGAGGCAAACUUUUUACAUACACAUGACCACUGGUACCAGUCAAUGAAAUGCUUAAGAUUUAAAUUAAUGAAAAUGAUAAUAGAGUUUCUUAACUUUGAGGCACAUCUGGUCAUGACUUCAAACCUAUAAUAAUUGUGCAUUUGGAGAAGACACACAACAUAUGAAAUAAUGUUGAUCCUGUAAAUAUGGUAACCUAAUUCUUCUUGUAAUUUCCAAAGGAACCACAACACAAGGCUAAAGGAUUGGACAGUUAACAUGGUUGUUGUUCACCCUUUAUUUACUAUAGGGCAAUGUAUAUAGGGCUUGUUAAGGAAUCUAACUUCUAAAAUAUUGGUCAGAAUUAUCAACUUUAUCUCACUCUCCAGAGACUCUUGGUGGAUAAAUCAAUUGGGCUUACAACCAAAACUCUCAACUCUAAACAUGUUGAUUGGUGUGUUGCCCAUGAUUCCCACAGUUAAAAUUUUGCCUAAAUUCAGAUUUGAACUCAUUUCUAAUGAAUUCCCCAAAAUCCAAAUGAAAAAGGUUGAAGCUUUAAGACAACAACAGUAAUUUUAUGUUUGUUAGGGAUUUGUGAAAUUGAGGAUUCGUUAUUUUUCUUAUCACAGAUGUGACCUCUGCUGGUUCUCAAUUACCCUCACCACUAGGGUACAGUGAAAAGUUCCCUAUUCUUAUUCUAAAGGAUUAAGUCUUGAGCACUUACUAAUUAUCUAACUGCUGCUACUACUGCUACUAUGACAACUACUACUACUGCUACUGCUGCGACUGUCAUCCCACUUAUUCUAUUUCUCCUCGUUCUUGAAAUUUUAAGUUCUGAUGUUGAUAAUAAUUAGCAAAACAAGGCAAUAAUCUGACGGAAUCGUUAGUGUGCCAAACGAGAUGCUUCGAGGCAUUUCGUCUGUUUUUGUUCUGAGUUCAAAUUCUGCCAAGGUCAGCUUUGCCUUUAAUCCUUUCAGGGUCGAUGAAAUAAAGUGCCAGUUAAGUAGUGAGGUUGAUGUAUUCAACUAUCCCCCCUCCCCCAAAUGUCAGGCCUUGGGUGGGGGGCAAUAGUUGAAAGGAUUAUUAGUAUUGACAAUCCUUAUUUUGAAAAUACAUUCCCUCUCCAAUUUUUGGUUGACUCACCCCCCCUCUCUCACCUCCUACCACUCCCCAGUCUCUUGCCAAUAACAACACCACUUUCUCUGUAUUUCUCAAGAGUCAAAACCCCCCAAAAUGUUUGACGCCCCCCUUCACCCCUCUCCCUCACAGCAAUUAAACUUCCCCAAUUUUCCUAUCUAUUUUGAGGUUUUCAUUUUUUGUGCCGUUUAAAUAAACACAAUGUAUGUAUGAUGGAUACAUUGUACAGUGUGUAUAUAAUGUGCAAGGUGUGUACAGUGUACAAAAUAUCAAAGUGCAUUGCUGGCCGACAGGCGUUGUUGUACAUAAGUAGAAAGUUACUGUUGUUAUUGUUGUAUGAUGGAACACAAACAAGUCGAUUGUUCUGGUUUUUAUCUCCUGCACAAAGCAUGUGAAGUGGUGGGCUUUAUGCAGAGCCCCAUCUACUUGCAUACAUUGUGCUUGUUCAGUUGAAACAAAAAUAUAUCAUGGAAACAAAGGAAAAUGUGAAUUUAUUAAUGGGGGAGGUGGGAAAAAAAUGAGGGCGUUUUGUUUUUUUUUAGUUAUAUUUUGAACAUUAAUCUGAGAUUCAACUAAAAAUACAUUUUUAUAUAUUUUAAACUGUGGCUGCUAACACAAAUGGGAUUUGUUUGUGAUUCAAUUACACACACAUACACACACGUGCGUGUGUGCAGUCGUAUUUUACUCGUUAAUGCACAUUCAGAGAUGAGAAGAUCUAUUGCUGUGGAAAUAUUUUUGGAAGAAGUUUCUCUUCAUGAAUAAUGUUUGAAGAAAAACAGAUUGGGCUACGGAUGUCGUUAGUCACAUGCAUUUCUGCAUUAUUGCAUGGCAUCAGCUACAAAUACGGAACCCAUCCUCUGCUGCCGCAUCAGGUAACUAAGAACAAAUUUAGUAUUUAUAAUUGGCAAAGCACAACGCAGCAGCCGCAAUGCAGGCAUCACUUGAGCUGAUAGCAUCAUUCAUAACCCAACGUUUCCACAGUAGUGAAAGGGUUUCCUACACCCAAGCGGACAUGAACAUGUUAAAUAUGACAGCACAUAAACGUGUGUGGUAUGUGUGUAUUUAUUUAUAUAUUUGUGACUAUUCACUGCUAGUUUCGAAACUCUUAAACAUGGAAUGCAGCGGUUUCUUGACGUUGGCCUUUAACUUCAUGUUGCUUAUUGAUUUAAUUAUUUUAGAAUUCUUUACUUCAAUAGAAAAUUAGAAAAAAAUAUUCAAAUGUUGUUCUUCUUCUCUACCAGUGAAAGCAAAGUAAUUUUUUAUCACCAAUUGUUAAAAUUUUAACAUAUUGUUGAAAAAUAGUUACUAAAACAAAAUUUUAAAACUGCUGUUAUAAACAAACAAUUUGUUAAGACUUGUUAAUGUUUUUUUUAAUUUAUUGUAUGUCAUUAGUUACAGUAUGUGUAUACACACACACACACACACACAUAGAAAAUUGGUAAGCUGUUGAAGCAAAUAAUUUGCAACCUAUUUCUUAAUUCUUGGUUGCAGCUCUUUCAUUUUUGCCACUAAUAACUCUUGGAAAGGCAUGAAUGUCAUAUAAUCCUAUUCCUCCUGUUCUAUAAAUAUGUGGCUUACUGCCAAACAAAGACACCAGUAAUAAGUCCUUAGAAAGCCGACUGUUUUUACCCAGAUUUGCUUCCGUAGUUAAAACCAAAUACAUUUAUAUUCGUGUCCGGAAAAUUCACCUUAAACAUUUCUGCUGUGGGAAAUUUUGCUACAAAAGAGGCACACAAGUAGACUGUAAACUAGAUAACUCAUUUUAAAGAAAUUAACUUUCUCUAAUUGGUGGGUUAAUUGAUGAAGUUGCCAUUUUAAAGAAUCGGUGGGAGGAAGGGGUCAAUUAUUUUUAUGGCACUUUCCUACACCAAAAAUGUUUACAGUGAGAUUUCCUAUAAACCAUUUAUAUUUCACUGCUAUUGUCUUUGAGGAAGGCACCACCCUUGAUAAUAUCCAAAUUGUUUUUUAUUGUAAUGGUUCCUGACACAGCCUUAGACCAUUAUUCAUCCAUUGAAAGCAAUAUGACAAAUGUCUCUUUUAUUGUGGUCAAUAUGUUGACUAUAUUUCAUUAGCAUUAAAGUUGUUUUAAUUAACUUUUGUUUACAUAAUGAAUAUAUUUUCUUUUUUAUAACCUUUUCUAUAAAAAAUAUCCUUUAACUGUUUUUUAAAACAUUCAAAGUAAAAUUAUUAUUUAAGAUUACUUGGUUUUUGUAUUUGGUUUGCAAGGAUGUGAAUUCAUGUGACAAAAGAAGUUUUGUUGUGUUUUAGGAGGGUUGUUACACCAAUCAUAACACAUGCACUGGUUCAAUAUCACUUCUUUAUUGUUAGUCAGUUGGUUAUAUAUCUAACCAACUAACUAAUUGGUCAUUUAUUUAAUGUGCUGGUUAAACAAUCAAUCGGCUGUUUCUUGGUCAGUUCUUUUGUCACCGUUUGCAACUUUUUCAGUGACUCAGCAACUUCCCCUCUCGCUCUAAAGUCUGAACCCUUGAAGAGAUCACAGAUGGCUAAUUGACACACAAACACAAAUGCAGGCAAUCACAUAGGUGUACACACACAACCACGCACACACGCACAUGCAACACAAACAAACUGUUUGCUCUCACCCUUACUUCCUCUUCUAAGCAAACACAUACACACACACAGCCAGACACAAGACCAGUUCUCAGACAGACUUAGAGCAGACCUUGGAGUGAGGGGGAAAGUCAGUGAAAAGGUCGCAGACAGCAACGAAAGAACUUUGACCAAGAAACAGCCGAUUGAUUGUUUAACCUGCACAUUAAACAAACGAUCGCUUAGUCAGUUGGUUAGAUAUAUAACCAAUUGACUGACAACGAAGAUGUGAUAUUGAACCAGUGCGUGUGUUAUUGGCAUAAUGGCCCUCCCAAGACAUAACAAUAUUAUUUAUAGUAAUACUGUUAUUUUAGAAGAAUAUUAAUCUUCAUUUAACACAUCUGAUUUGUAAAAUAUUUAAAACAUUAAAAUGGUGAAAAAAAAAAUAGAAUUUAAGAGAAUAUUUUGAGUAAGUAAGCCAGAUAAGGUGAGAGGAAUGGUUUUUGAUGAAACACCUUGUAUUUUCUGUAAUUCUUUUACAUUCUUGACUCAAAUCUUGCCUCUGUUCACUUUGCAUACAUCUGGUGCCAAUAAAAUACUACAAUUAUUU